AUGAGCAGUGCAAGCAAAGGGAAUGCUACUGGAAGUAAGAGCCCAGAGCAGCUCUUAGAGGAGAGACGGCACUUGCUAGUACAAUUGUACUGUAUCUCACAAAUUACCGAGUUAAAAAACGUGGAGAAUCAUGAGAGAAUAGGGAAGGAGAUAGAAAAGUUUUUAGAUCAACAUACCUUGAUCAAGGACAAGCCUAUAGAUAUUAAUGCAUUGCCUAAGUUUAGGCCGAGAGACGUGUCGUCAGAUAGGAAGCUGAAUAACAGGAGUAAGAGUUCUUCACCGUCAGAAGUGAAACGAGAAUUGAAGAAACAGCGGUCGAAAGACGUGUCGCCAAGUGGAAGCGAGGAACAUGAUGUGGAUACGCAGACACUCCCGCAGUCUCAAACAAGGGUAGUUCCACGAGUUCAGUCACAGCAGUCAAUUCAGCAAAGUUCAAGGCAAUCUAUGGUGCAAGCGCAGUCAUCUCGACAGCUGCAGCAGCAACAACUGCAAAAGCAGCGAUCGGUGUCUCCCACACAGAAGCUGCCGAUAACACAUAAUAAUGUUCCUCCUGUGGUAGUUCAGGCACAUAUGGAACCGAAAUCUGUCCAAUAUCCGGAGACCCAAUCAAAGCCAAGUACUUCUGGAAAGCGUUUGUUAGAUGAGGAACAACAAGAUAUUUCCGAAAAUCAAAUAAGUAAAAGGCAACGGCUUGAUAGUGGAAACCUAUCUAAUUCUACCGCUGCACGUAACGCUGCAACAAUGGAAAUUCCGCCUCAUCCUUAUUCUCAGAUGAUAGACAUCUCACAAUUGCAUGCUGACCCAACACCAAUUGGGGUGAAAGAACCUCAACCCUAUAUUAUAGAAUCUAUUAUCAACAAUGUAUCAAAGGAAGAGCGUAAGACGUUUUUCGAAGAUGACAUAAAUGUGAAAGAGGCGGUAUACAUGAUUACGAAAGAGAACGCGCCAACCAAGUUGGCAAAGGGUAUGCCCAUUCAAGAAAUCAAAUACUUAUCCCAGACUUUGCCCUUGCUGAGAUUGAUACCACAAUCUCAAAAAGCAUUGACGACUGAUCUGAUUAAUACUGCAUUGAAUGAAAGACGAAUCACUGUAGUAGCAUCAAGGAUAGAGGAAUUGAGAAGGCUGAAUCUCUGGUCACUUAGACAACCAAGAAAAUUUAUCGAUCCCGUUACCGCUUCACAACCUGUAACUCAUCAUAAUGUGUUGAUUGAAGAAGCAAAAUGGAUGCGUGAAGACUUCCGUGAAUCGUUGAAUUAUAAGAUAGCCAUGUGCACUCAAAUGGCACAGGCAGUUAUGGAAUUUUGGACUUAUGGUAAAGUAUGCUGUAUCAAUUGUAAAAGUAUUCCACCGCCAUCAAAGGACAUAGAAGAUAUUGCUUCCUCCCAAGAUAUGGGAACAAAAAUCAGUACAGUUGAGCCAGAACAAAAAGAUAAAGAAUCAAACACAAGUCCUGAUCAAUCCAACGAUGAUGGGUCUUCUAAAAUUGCUGAAGAUGUGGAGAUGUCAGAGGAUGGUGUAAAAUCAAGUACCGGUUUAACUGAUGGGAGUGAAGCGGUGGAAGAGAAGUCUGAAAAUGGUAUCAAAGAGGGGGACAAGGAAACUGAUAAAAACUCAUCUGAAGAGCCUACCAUAGACAUACAAAAGUUACUAAAGAGAGUUAACCCCAAAGAUGAAAUCGUCGCUCCAUCUCUUCCGGUUACCUCCAUGGAAGUUUAUUUAGCUAAGAAAUCAUCCUCUCCCUUCAGGAAUUACAUUGAUAUAAAGGAAUUAUCAACACUGGGAGCAGCCAUUUCAAACUCACUCCCUUUGUAUGGUCUUUUGGACGAAAAGAAUCUCGAUUCUAGCAGACCAUUGCCCUUUGAACCGGUUUCAAAGGCAAUUUCUCCUCUUGACGAGGACCAUUUCAUGAAAUUAGUAGAAAAGCAAUUUGUUGACGAAGAACCAUCUCUAGUUCCUUUAUCAAAACGACGUGGUAUGUUUUAUGGAAAUAGACGUAGCCAUUAUCUUCGCCCUCCUAAUGCGCCAUCAUUACGCUAUUUGAAAUUUCGUACACCCACCAUCUGGUUACCUGAAGAUGAUCAGGAGCUUGUCAAAAAUAUAAACCAGUAUGCCUAUAACUGGGACCUCAUUAGUUCUCAGAUGUCCAAUCAUCACAAAAGAGAAUAUGUUUCAAACAUCGAACGUAGAACCCCUUGGCAAUGCUUUGAGCGGUUCGUUCAACUAAACGAAAAGUUCAACAUUGCAGAUAUGAAGGGUCCAAAGGCUCAUAAUGCACAAAUAUGGUUGUACGAAGCUCAUAAAUUACAGCAGCAGCAAAAAAGGAGAAUAUCUCCCCUUGGUGUGGGAUCGGAAUCCAUACAACGAGGACAUAGGCGUUUACGCUGGGCAAGUAUGUUUGAGGCAAUGAGAAAGUGCAUUAAAAAAAGAGAAAACGCACCCAGACCAAAUCCUUCGCAGCCGCGUAAACCUUUUGAUGUUAAGAAUAUGAGUGUUCCAACCCCUCAAGAAAUGUCAGACUUAAAAGCUCAGCGUGAUGAGGCCUUGAGAAGGGAUAUGCAAAUAAAACGUGCUGCCAAACAAAGGAUGCAGAUGGCUCAAUUGCAGCAAGGAAAGCUUCCUCUCACUACAGCAUCAAGUCCGAAUUUGCCUAUGGCAAAUAAUCCUAACUCAAAGGAUUCAAGAAUUAGGUCUAAGCAGUCCACUCCCCAGAGUGCACCACCACUAGGUGAAAAAGAAAAGGUUACAACUCAAACUCCCACACAGAGAAAUACGAAACCGGCUAAUAAACGUGAAAUCAUUGAAGGAUAUGCCAAAAAAAUACUUUUUCAGAAACCCAAUUUCACUCCAGAACUUGCUCUAAUGGCUGCUGAAAAUAUUUACAGGAGCUUGCCAUUGUCUGAUCAACAAAGGAAAACUGUAAUUUAUGACAAUGUUGCACAACCGAAAGUGCGUCCACCAGAGAUGAAACAUUCUUCUCCGACGCCUCAAGAGAUUUUGCAACGUGCUCAGAAAAAGUGA